UGUCAUGACGGGAAACACGAGAGUCAAACUCACGGAUUUAACACAACACAGCAGAGGAAAACAACCGAAUCUUUUCUUCAAGAAGUGAAAAAGCUUUUUAAAUGCGGGAAUCAGCUGCAGAUGAGCCGGUGUGAAGAGAGAGGGCGAGCGACAUAGACACAGAGAGAGAGAGCUAGAGAGGGAGCAGCUGGAGGCGGCAGAGCGAGCUUCAGUAGUAAAGAGAGAGAGAGGAGGCAGCAGGACGGAGCAUGAAGGAGCUGCUGCGUUUCUGUUUCUGAGGACGAAAACAACAAACCGGUUACGAUGGGAAACACAGACAGUCACAGCAGCUUCGUCUCUCCGGCCAAGUCCUCCUGUGCGCUCAGGUUCUCCUCCAGGAGGGAGGAGGUGCCGUCAGCUCGCAGCUGGUGGAGGAGCAGUCAGGGAGGCAGCAGGAGCCGGGGGAGGUCUGCUGGCCCGCCGUACACCUCCUGGCAUUAUGAACAUGCACCAAAAGCAGCCAGAGGAAGCUCCAAGCUGGGAGCCGGAUCUCCUCAGAGGUACAUCAGAGGGGAGCGGGUGCAGGGAGGCUGCAGGAAGCAGUUUGGUUACUUGGACAAUGGCAGCAGGAGUAAUGGGAUCUGUGGGGAGCGCACUUCCCUGGAGAGUGGCGGUAGCCCGAAGGUGCUGCUCAGCAAAGAUGGCAGCAUGAGGGUGGAGUUCACCAAUGCCAGGGUCAGCCCCAGGGAGCCACAGGGGCUGGCCGGCCUCCCCGCCGCCACCACUGCCGCCCCAGUCGCAGAACCCUCCCUCCGCACCAGCAAGGGUAGCUCACUGAGCUCCGAUGGCUCCUGGUACGACUCGCCGUGGGGGACCGGCGGCGAGCUGGCUGACAACGUGUUCGUUUGUGGGGAGAGCGUGGCAAACAGCAGCGGCUACACCACCUACUCCUCCACCCGCACAGAGGAGACCGCAACCACCAGCAGCGGGUACAACACCUACUUCUCAGCCCAGGUGGACAUUUCACCCGGAUUUAACUCUAGCCUCCUCUUCCCCGCCGCGGAGACCAGCGAGUUCACCUCCGCCGCAGGAUACAACACCUGCUCCUCCGGUCGGACGGAGGACAGCGGCAUCGGAGACUCAGUGAUCCUGCAGCCUGACCUGAGAGACUUCAGCCUGGUUUCACCUUCCACCACCUCACUGGACAACGUUCACUCCAGCAACAACACGCUGCCCGCCUUCCCCAUCACACCAGACACCACCCUGAGGCAGCAGCAGAGGACCGCCAUCUCUUCCACGGCACUGCUGGAUGAAGUCAUCCAGGAGGAGGAGGGCUCAGGGGGAGGCGUGGAACCGCGUUACUCCUCCCUGACACUACCCUGUCGCAGGGCUGAACCCGUUACCACCGUCUCCACCUGCGGAAACAACCGCAAAGACUUCCUGAAGAGCCGAAUCAGACGACUCAGCGACUGGACAGGAAGUCUGAGCAGGAAGAAGAGGAGGAUCCAGGAGCCGUACGGCGGCGACACCGGUGAUGUUUUCACCAGCGGGCUGGACUCUGGGUCAGUUGCCUGCAGCACGCUGUGGUCCUCCAACCCUCUCCACACUCUGAACCACAACCCGAACCAGUUCCCAGCAGUCCACUGUGGCUCCUCCAGAAGCCUCAACCUGAACCAGAGCAGCGACAUUCAGCGGCAGAACGUCUACAAAAACUUCAUGCAGGAGCUAGAGACGGGCUGCAGCAGCACGGCCGACCGGACCGAGCCUUCAGAGGGGGAUGAAGAGGAAGAGGAAGAAGAGGGGGAGGAGGAGAUGGAUGGGGAGGUGGGAGGAGGCGAGCAGCUGGACAUCCUGUUUGAGAAGGAGCAGGGUGUGGUGCGACGGGCCGGAUGGCUCUCCUUCAAAGCUCUCCUCACUGUCAACAAGGACAGGAAGCUGGAGCUGGUGGCUCGCCGCAAGUGGAGACACUACUGGGUCACACUGAAAGGUUGCACUCUGCUGUUUUACGAGACUUAUGGAAAAAACCUCAGCACUGAGCAGGAGCUUUCUCCUCGUUACGCUCUGCUGGCUGACGACAGCAUCGUCCAGGCCAUCCCCGAACAUCCCAAGAAGGAGCACGUCUUCUGUCUGAGCAACUCGCACGGAGACGUCUACCUGUUCCAGGCCACCAACCAGACCGACCUGGAGAACUGGGUGACGGCGAUCCACUCGGCGAGCGCCUCGCUGCUGGCGAAGCGUCAGGGGAAGGAGGACACGCUGCGCCUCCUCCGCUGCCAGAGCCGCUCGCUGCUGCACAAGAUCGACAUGGACGGGAAGAUGAAGAAGAUGGCCGAGCUGCAGCUGUCCGUCAUCAAGGAGCAGAAGAACAGGAAGGCCGUGGAGAGCCAGAUCCAGCAGUGGGAGCAGAACCUGGAGAAACUAAACCUGGAUCUGUUCCGGCUGAGGUGUUACCUGUCCAGUCUGCAGGGCAGUGAGCUCCCAAACCCCAAGAGCCUCCUGGCUGUGGCCAGCCGGCCCUCCAAAAGCAUGCUGGGACGCCUGGGAGUCUUCUCUGUGUCCUCCUUCCACGCCCUGGUGUGCAGUCGAGAUGAGGUGACGUUGAGGCGUCGAUGCAGGACUCUGUCCGGGGGAAACCACAAGAGGAGGGGGCUGCCGUCCUCUCUGAAGGCUCUGGAUGGACUGAGCAGACACAGCAGGGGCAGCAGACACUCCUCAUCCCAGAGACUCAACUCUGUGUCCAGUCAGAGGGAGGUGACGCCCCCUGCAGGAUGUGCUGCAGCUCUGCAGGUGAGUGAUGAGCUGCAGCCCUCAGCACUCGAUGUUUUCACUCUCAACAUCUGUCGACUCGACGCUGCAAAAGACUUCGGUUUUGCGGUGACGGGUCACUUGGACGGAGCGGGGAGAAGUCACGUCUACGUCAGCGAGGUCGACCCGCUGGGACUGUCGGCCAGAGAAGGCCUCAGGGCAGGAGACGAGGUCCUGGCUGUGAACGGGGCCGCAGUGUCCGGACUGGACCUGGACCUGAUGCAGAGUCUCUUCAGCCACCAGAAGCUCCAGCUGCUGCUCAGGAGAGAUGAGUCCCCCGAACCCGCGGAACCUGCCGCCGUCCAGCCCGACCAGGAUGACCCCUGCCAGACCCCAGCCCCUCCGGACCACCAGGCCUGGACCACCGGUACCACAAGUACAAAUUCAGAUUCUUCGGCUCCAGACGGCGUCCUGCCUCCUGUCUUUGACGACUUUUCCUGGAAACCGUCUGAGGACGUCGAGCUGCAGAAACAGAACGUGGACCGGGUCUACUCUCUGUACCAGACCUUCCCAGAAGGCCGAGCGGCGGAGGCCGAUGUUCCCAGGAACCCGUACAACAGAGAGGCCGGCCUGCAGCCUGCGAGCCCCACCCACCUGAGUGUGUGUCAGCGUCUGCGUAAAGUCAUCCAGGAGCUGGUCGACACCGAGAAGUCCUACGUCAAGGAUCUGGUCUGUCUGUUUGACAUCUACCUGACUCCUCUGCAGAAGGAGACCUUCCUCAGUAAAGAAGAGAUGGAGGCGUUGUUCGGCAGUCUGCCCGAGAUGUUGGACUUCCAGAGAGUUUUUCUCCAAACGCUGGAGGAGAGAAUCGCCUCCUGUCCAAACUUCAGCAACCUGGAAACACCUGGACAGUUCAAGAAACUCCUCUUCUCGUUGGGAGGAUCGUUUCUCUACUACGCCGACCACUUCAAGCACUACAGCGGCUUCUGUGCGAACCACAUCAAAGUCCAGAAAGUCCUGGAGAGAGCGAAGACAGACGGAGCCUUCAAGCACUUCCUGGAGGCGAGGAACCCCACCAAUCAGCACUCGUCCUCUCUGGAGUCGUACCUGAUCAAACCUGUUCAGAGAGUCCUGAAGUAUCCACUGCUGCUCAGAGAGCUGGUGUCUCUGACUGACCCUGACAGCCCCGAACACACACACCUGACAGAGGCGCUGCGAGCGAUGGAGAAGGUGGCGAGUCACAUCAAUGAGAUGCAGAAGAUCUACGAGGAUUACGGCUCAGUGUUCGACCAGCUGGCUGCAGAGCAGAGUGGACCUCACAAACAGGUGACAGAGAUCUCGAUGGGGGAGUUCCUGGUCCAUUCGUCGGUGGUUUGGUUGAACCCGUUGCCCUGUCUGGGACGACUGAGGAAAGAACCAGAGCUCACACUGUUCGUAUUCAAACGGGCCGUCAUUCUGGUUUACCGUGAGAGCACCAAGCUGAAGAAGAGGAUGACGGGCUCUCGCUCAGCUGAUCUGGACCCCUUCAGGUUCCGCUGGUUAAUCCCAGUUUCAGCGGUUCAAGUCAGAGUGGCCAACAUCACAGGCUCAGAGAACCCGUGUGUUUGGGAGCUGGUUCACAGCAGGUCGGAGGUCAAGGGACGACCAGAGACGGUGUUUCAGCUCUGCAGCAGUGGUCUGGAGACGAAGACCAGCGUGCUGCAAGCGCUGCGCUCGCUCCUCAAAGAUCGGGCGCCCGCCGGCUCCCUGAGGAGGACCAGGCUGUCGACAGCAGAGAGGAGCAGCUCCUGGAGGAGGAGGCAGCAGCAAUGUCGCUCCGACAGCCAGAGGACGAGUCAUCGUCAGCCUGAGGAGAGCUGCAGACCUGAUGGCAGCUUCAUCUUGGGAGAAACCUGCUCGGAGCCUCUGCUGCCCAGCCACGCCCCCUCAGACUCUGCAGGGAAGAGGACCAGACUCUGCUCCCUUACCAGCGAGCUGGAGGCUCAGCUGCAGAGGCUGAACUUCACUGAGGAGGAAGCCGAGCGAGGAGCAGCAGCCUCUCCCAGCGACGACCGGAGGAACCGGACCGCCAGUCUGCGUCGAAGUCCUGGAGAAAUGCUGGACCUGCUGGAGAGAGAAUUCAGCGUUCAGAGCAUGACCUCCAUGAUUAACGAGGACUGUUUCUACGAGUCCGUGCUGGGGAUGCAGAAGGCUGCUGUUCCCACACUACAGGGCUAAAGCUAACAUGCUAAGACAGAGAUGACUGUACUACAGAAAUCUACAGGACUGCGAGAACCACAGAGUAAAACUACACUCCAGAUGCUUAAACUUGUAGCUUUUCAUUUAACCUGGUUCUUCCAUCUGUCUUGGAUCAACAGGAAGUUCUCAGACCUUCACGUGAGCCAUCACAUAUCAACUCAUCAUGCUGAAGGAUUCAUUCACAGUCAAGCACAAGCACACUGCUGACUGAUGGACCAACUUCCAUCUCUUUGACUUCUGGGGAUAGCACAACCUUUUGAAGGCAUCUGAUUGGAUAACCAGGAGAGGAAGUCCAAUCAGCUGUGAUACUUUAUCAAGCAAUGUCAGGAAUUUAUGAAGAUGUGAAGUGAAGCAACCAGAGCGUUAAGAGUCACUGUGAGGGGAAAAAUCUUUUGAGAAUAAAGUUAAAAUAGUUCCAGAAAACUGUUCAAAUGUUAAGGAAAAAGCCAUAAUGUUACGGCAAUAGUAAAAUAAUAAGUAUAAUUUCACAAAUCAGGUGAAAUAUUUUACGAGAACAUUCAUUUUAUGAGAAAACAUAUUACUAUGCGAUGUUAUUUUAAUACUCCCUUAUAAUAGUAGGUGAGUUCAGCCUGUCCACAAUCUGUUACAAGAGUUUGACUUUAUUCUCGAAUUCUUGAAUGUGACCUUUUCCACUAAAAUUAUGCCUUUAUUCUCAGAAAGUUGUCAUGACUUCUCAGAAAACUUAAUUUUUCAAAUGUCAGAACAUUUGCUUUUAAAAUUACAGCUUUCAUUCUCAAGAAAUCUUGAAAUCCUGCAAAGUUUUUUCUUACAAAAUUAUGACUUAAUUCCUAAAAUGUAACAUUUUCUUCCUCUUAGAAUUCAACCCUUUUCUCUCAUAACACAAAAUAUUUGGUUUUCUUAAAUUACAACUUCCCACAGCAUUUUUUUUAUUAUUCUUAUUAUUAUUAUUGAUUUUUUUUAAUAACUUUGAGAUUUUUCCUACAUCUUUUCUAUUACUUUUUUGAUGUCAAGCUUUUAUUUCCUCACAGUGGCCCUAAACUCUGUGAACAGAUUGAACUCCUGAGCCUUCCUUUAUGUUCAGGGCCAAACUGAUCAAACCCAGCAGACGUGAUGCAUCCACCAACAGGGCUAAUAAACUGGAAACCUUCAAAACACUUUCAGGAACUAUAGAACCAUUUUGAACUUUUUCAAGAAUACUGAAGAGGAUUUAAUGAUGAAGAAUAAUGAAGGAAUCUGACAGAAGACACUGGGUUUGUCUUCGUGUUUUUGAAAAAAAAUGCAGUGGAUUUUUUACAAGAACCAAAAUCUGUGAGUCAACUGACCAAGUACAACUGACCUCAAAAGCUUAAAAAUAACAAUGUCUAGAGUUCAGGUUCUGGAGUUCUGAUUUCAGGAAGCUCUCUGUCUGACGGAUCUGCAAAUCUUCUAUUUUACAUUUGGGAUUCAUCACAUUCUCGCAUUUUGCUCCAGAUCUGAAAAACAAAUGAAUGUUGGACUCUUGUUUUCAUUAUUUUUGUUGCACUCAGCUGCCUGAACUUGCUAUUUUUUAGCAUCCUCUGUUGUAAAAUUUCUGUAUAUACUUUUCAUGUACAGUUUAUUCUUCAGUUGUAGUUUUCUGUUUAACAGAUACUUUCUUGACAAAAGCAGUUUGGAUUAAAUGUCUGGAGCUGCUGGAUCGGAUCAAAGCCUUUGUAUAACAGCCAGGUUGAAACAUUGGAUGUACAUAUUUUGUCAUGUUUGUUUUGUGUAUUUCAGUUUUGUGACUGAGGCAGCAUUUCAUUUUAAAUGAACUUUUCAAGUUAUUUUUAUUGACUGUUAAAGCGUUUGGUAAUUUAUUUUCUUUAAUAUUUGUGUACAACCUUUUAACGACU